UUCUCACCCCCUCCCACCACCCUACGCGUGAUGCUUGCAACUCCCCCCCUCCCGCAGGGGGAAUUCUCCUCUACCCGGGCCUGACAUCACUCCUCCCUCACCCAACAGCCCACCAAAGCAGAGACGCCGGUUUAGCGACGGCCUUCUCCUCCCGCCAUGUUAGAAGGAGGAGGAGGAGGAGGAGGAGGGGAGGUCGGCGUAACACGGAGCCGCCCCCGCCUGCCCGGGUAGCAGCAGCAGCAGCAGCAGCUCCUCCUCCUCGACGGGCCACUGCAUGGAAAGGCUGGGAGCGAUGAGCGAAACCGCAGCAGCCUUGGAGGCUUCGGCUGACUAGGGGAAAGGCGAGCGAGCGAGGGAGGGCGAAGCUCCCUCCUUUCUCCCUCCCCCUCCUCCUCCUUCCCGUCCCCUCAGCACGAGGGGAGGGGAAGAGCAUGAACGGCUGCCCCGUCCCUGCCCGCCGCGGCGCCGCUUGGGCGAGAACGAGGAGGAGAGGCGGAGGAGGCGGAGGUGGAGGAGGAGCGCGGCGGCCGCCACCAGGACGACGACGACGACAGCCGCCGCCGCCGCCACACAGUCAUGGUGCCCUUCGCGCCGCCGGAGGGCGCGGAGGAGCCUCAGCCUGAGCCCGAAGCGGAGCCCUCCUCCUGCCCUCCUCCGCCCCCGCCUCCUGCCGCCGCCGCCGCCGGCCUCAUGGAGAUCUCCGGCGGAGGAGGAGGAGGCGGCGGCAGCAGCAGCAGCCCAGGCGGAGAGCUGAAUGGCAUUAGAGUGGUGGAUGAACCUAUGGAGGAAGGAGAACCAUAUUCCUAUGAAGAUGAAGGAGUUGUGAAAGAGAUACCUAUUACUCACCAUGUGAAAGAAGGAUGUGAAAAAGCAGAUCCUGCACAAUUUGAAUUACUUAAAGUUCUUGGUCAAGGAUCAUUUGGAAAGGUUUUCCUCGUGAGGAAAAUUUUUGGUCCUGAUGCUGGACAGCUGUAUGCAAUGAAAGUUCUGAAGAAAGCUUCUUUAAAAGUUCGAGAUAGAGUUCGUACAAAGAUGGAGAGAGAUAUAUUAGUAGAAGUAAAUCAUCCAUUUAUUGUCAAACUGCACUAUGCUUUUCAGACUGAAGGGAAGCUAUAUUUAAUAUUGGAUUUUCUCAGGGGAGGAGAUGUGUUCACAAGAUUAUCCAAAGAGGUUAUGUUUACAGAGGAAGAUGUGAAAUUCUACCUCGCAGAACUGGCCCUUGCUUUGGAUCAUCUGCACAGCUUGGGAAUUGUGUACAGGGACCUGAAGCCAGAAAACAUUUUGCUUGAUGAAGCAGGACAUAUCAAGUUAACAGACUUCGGCCUUAGCAAAGAAUCUGUGGAUCAAGAAAAGAAAGCCUAUUCUUUCUGUGGUACUGUAGAGUACAUGGCUCCUGAAGUUGUAAACAGACGAGGCCACAACCAGAGUGCUGACUGGUGGUCAUUUGGUGUUCUUAUGUUUGAAAUGCUUACUGGUACACUACCAUUUCAAGGUAAAGAUCGAAAUGAAACUAUGAAUAUGAUACUCAAAGCAAAACUAGGCAUGCCACAGUUUCUUAGUACUGAAGCUCAAAGUCUUCUCCGGAUGUUGUUUAAAAGGAAUCCUUCAAAUAGGUUAGGAGCUGGUCCUGAUGGGGUUGAAGAAAUCAAGAGACAUCCUUUCUUUUCAACCAUUGAUUGGAAUAAACUAUACAGGAGAGAGAUUCUGCCUCCAUUUAAACCUGCUUCCGGGAGGCCAGAAGACACAUUUUGUUUUGAUCCAGAAUUUACAGCAAAAACACCAAAAGAUUCUCCAGGAGUUCCACCUAGUGCUAAUGCACACCAGCUCUUCAAAGGCUUUAGCUUUGUCGCAACUACGGCCAUAGAAGACCACAAAAUCUCCCCUCUCAACAACAUAUUGCCAAUAGUACAGCAACUUCAUGGGAACAGUGCACUGUUCACAGAUGCUUAUGAACUUAAGGAGGACAUUGGUGUUGGCUCAUAUUCAGUGUGUAAGCGCUGCAUCCACAUGGCUUCAAGCAUGGAGUUUGCUGUGAAGAUAAUUGACAAAAGUAAAAGAGAUCCCUCUGAAGAAAUCGAGAUUCUGAUGCGCUAUGGACAGCAUCCUAACAUUAUUACUUUAAAAGAUGUGUAUGAUGAUGGUAAAUAUAUCUACCUUGUCACAGAAUUAAUGAAGGGAGGUGAACUACUGGAUCGUAUACUCAGACAAAAGUAUUUCUCAGAACGGGAAGCAAGUGCUGUAUUGUUUACGAUCACUAAAACAGUUGAUUACCUUCAUUGUCAAGGAGUGGUGCAUCGAGACCUUAAACCCAGUAACAUUUUAUAUAUGGAUGACUCAAAUAAUGCUGACUCCAUCAGGAUCUGUGAUUUUGGUUUUGCAAAACAACUUCGGGGGGAGAAUGGGCUUCUUUUAACCCCCUGCUACACUGCCAACUUUGUAGCGCCAGAGGUUCUCAUGAGACAGGGAUAUGAUGCUGCUUGUGAUAUCUGGAGCUUGGGUGUCCUUCUUUAUACAAUGUUGGCUGGGUAUACUCCUUUUGCCAAUGGUCCCAAUGAUACCCCUGAGGAAAUCCUGUUACGAAUAGGCAGUGGGAAUUUUUCUUUAAGUGGAGGCAACUGGGACACUGUUUCAGACGCAGCAAAGGAUUUGCUAUCUCAUAUGCUGCAUGUAGAUCCACAUCAGCGAUAUACUGCAGAGCAAGUUCUUAAGCAUUCAUGGAUAGCAUGCAGGGACCAGUUGCCACAUUACCAGCUAAACAGGCAAGAUGCACCUCAUCUAGUAAAGGGUGCCAUGGCUGCCACCUAUUCUGCACUGAAUAACAAGACAUUUCAGCCUGUGUUGGAGCCUGUUGCAGCUUCAAGCUUAGCUCAACGACGGAGCAUGAAAAAGCUAACAUCAACCGACUUAUAGUUCCACCGGGGCACUUAACCAAAGUGGAGCAAGAGAAAAAAUUCAAUAAGUGGCUCUGUAUCUGCCUGGCCUGUGAUUUAAAAGGCAUAUACAAGUUCCUCCUACACUACUUGAAUUCUGUUGAAGAAAGAGAAGAUAUCCACAGGUUCAGUGGGAUUCAUCACACAUUUUGCAGGAAGUGUCAGUGAUUCAUUGAAACAAAGCAUCAGGGUACAUCAUAAUGAUCAUGAAGAGUUUUCUGUACACGGUCCUUUUCAAAGAUCUGUUGCAUUAUGUUAAUACUUUUAAAUACUGUAUAGUUUUUCCCAGUUUAUAAAUAAAUGGUUUAGGGGACCAUCAACACUGCUCAAGUUGUAAAUUUAAAAUUGAAAGAAAAUAGUCAGUGUUUUAGUAUUUUUGCUAUCUGGCCCUAUUGUAAAAUAACAAAACAAAAUCAAACUUAUGUGCUCUAGUUUUGUAAAUUGGUCACUUUACCAAUGGACUCGAUUCACUUAACUCAUUGGUACAGCAAGAUAAGGAUAACUGAAAAGGAUGUGUUGGUGCAAAACUCAUGUACGCUAAAAUGGAAGCCCCAAGUAUGCCUGGUAACAGGCAACUGAAGAAAAUGUACAAAGGGAAUCAGCCAUGAACCUGCACUUCAUCCUAGUGUGAAAGCCAUCACUAGAACUGUAGGAUUGGUCAGCCUGGGAGUGCUUUUGUGUAAGACUGCUGUGAGGUGUUGGUGGUUAGAAUGAUAAAGCCUACUAUAUUUUUAACAUACAUGUGACAUCUCCAUCCUCGGAGACUUUGAAGAAAAGGGUGAGUAGGCAUUUUGGGUAUGCUUUAGGUAUAGAAUAAGACAAUUAGGUAUAGAAUAUCUAGGACUGUGAGGUGAUCUAGAUGAGCCCCCCUCCAACAAUAUUAUCAUUCUGUGAUAAGGGAUUAGGUGUGUUCCAUUGUCAGUACUGUAUACAUUUGCAAAACAUGGGCUGUGCCCUUUCAUUUACUGUAGAAGGGCUGAUAAUUGUUUCUGCACUGAGGUUUUAAAUACAAGCCCUCUAGAGCAAGAACCUAUAGAAUUAUCAUUAUUACUCUUGACAGGCAAUUGAAGCUACCUUGAUAGUCCACUGUGUUCUCUUCUUGUUUCCUUCCCUUUCCACCGUUAGAUGUUAUUUCACCAUGAAUUAUAAGAUACUGAUUUUUUUAUUAAAAAAAACACAUAUUCACAUUUCAUAAUGUUUUUAAAAUUUAUUCAUACUUUCUGUAGGAAAUUAGUACAUCGUUUUUCCCCAGACCCUUUAUAAAAAUUUCAAAGAUGAAUAUCCAUUUUAAGCCCUUCAAAGUCCUGGAUCAGAUCUAAACUUUGAAAUGUGUUCUAAAUAUUUUUUUUAAUCUGUUCUGGAGAAUUUGUCUCAAUGGAAAAAGUAGAGAAAAGUCUGCAGUUUCUUGCUGUUGUGGCCAUAACCAAUCUUAAGCAUAAGGUCAGCAGCUGAACAUCUUAGCCCACAUUGGAUUUACAAACUGGUGUAUGUUACCCCAAAGAUGUGAAUUUUAAAAGAAGCACAUUUCAGUAAGCCUUAGCCUAGACUUUAUAAUGAUCUCUCAAUAUUUGGCCAUAGAAUAUGCUUCUGAGAUGUUGCAAGAUGAGAUCAGAUGUAACCUUCCCCCAAUAAAAACCCUCAUGUUGAUAAUA